AUGGAGAUCAUGACCGGAGCGCUGGGCACCCUCCUUCCCAAGCUGGCCAAACUGCUGACGGAUAGAUACAAGCUUCAGCGACGCCUCAGGGGCGAGAUCAUGUUCCUGAAGGCAGAGCUGGAGAGCAUGCAAGCAGCUCUUGAGAAGGUGUCAGAUGCUCCGGUAACUGACAACCAGGUGAGGAUCUGGGCCCGGGACGUGAGAGAGCUGUCCUACGACAUCGAGGACAGCAUCGACAGAUUCAUGGUGUGCGUUGACACUGAUCCAUCAGCACCAGCAGAGCUACAUGGAUUCAGGGGUUUCAUUCAGAGGAGUUUGAAACUGCUGACGACUGCUAACACCCGCCAUAGGAUCGCCAAAGAUAUCAGAGGCAUCAAGGUGCUCGUCAGGGAGGUGGCUUCAAGGCGCGAUAGAUACAGCACUGACAGCAGUGUCUCUUCCAUCAGAUCUGCCGCCACAGCGACAGUAGUUGAUCCCCGUUUAAUUGGUCUCUAUGAAGAGGCUAGAAAACUUGUUGGCAUCAGUGGCCCACAAGAAGAGCUAAAGAUGCUGAUGGAGCCAGAGGCCACAUCAUUGGAGGAUGGCCUGAAAGUAAUCUCCAUUGUAGGAGUUGGUGGUUUGGGUAAGACAACACUUGCAAAUGCUGUGUAUCAACAGCUUAGGGGACAGUUUGACUGCCAUGCUUUUGUAUCAGUGUCUCUUAGACCUGAUUUAAACAGGAUUCUCAGCAGCAUACUCCGUCAAGUUAGUGAACAACAUUAUUGCAGCACUGAAACGUGGCCUGUGGAGGAAAUUAUUGACAAAAUCAGAUUAUUCCUUGAUGAUAAGAGGUACAUUAUUAUCCUCGAUGAUAUAUGGGACAUUUCAGCAUGGAAACACAUCAAGUGCGCAUUAGUUCACAACUGUGGUAGUAGAAUAAUCACAACAAGCCGUGUACUAGAUGUUGCAACAUCUUGCUGCUCAGAGAUUGAUGGUACCAUAUAUAAACUAAAACCUCUUUCCGAUGAUGAUUCAAAGAAGUUGUUCUUCAAGAGAAUAUUUGGGUCUGAAAAUGGUUGUCACUCAGAACUGAAGGAAACAUCGGAGAAAAUUUUAAAGAAAUGUGGUGGAGUUCCAUUAGCCAUCAACACAGUAGCCAGCUUAUUGGCAAGUAAACCAAGAAAUAUCAACCAAUGGUACAAUGUCCAUAAUUCUAUUGGUACAGGACUUGAUAAAAGCCCUAGUGUGGAGAAUAUGAGGAAGGUAUUAUCUAUUAGUUAUUAUGGUUUACCUGUCCAUCUAAAACCUUGCUUACUGUAUCUAAGUAUAUUUCCAGAUGAUUACAAUAUAUCAAGAGAUCAAUUGAUACGUAGAUGGAUAUCUGAGGGCUUUAUACCAGGAGAAGAUGUGGUUACCUUAUAUGAACUUGGUGGAACAUAUUUCAAUGAACUCAUUAACAGAAGCAUGAUAGAACCAGAAUACAUCGACACUCAUGGCAGUAUACUAACUUGUCGUGUGCAUGAUAUGGUACUUGAUCUCAUUGCAUCUUUGUCAUAUGAAGAAAAUUUUUCGACCACAAUACCUUCUAAGCAGUCAACAUACUUUCACAAGAAAAUGCAUCGGUUAUCCUUUCAAAGCAAUGCAGAAGGACAAGCCAUACCGAAGGCAAUUAAGUUGUCUCAUUUGAGGUCACUCAUUGUCUUCCCUGGUUCUGCUAACUUACUGCCUCCUCUCUCAAGCUUCCAUCUAUUGCGAGUACUGGAUUUUGAAGGCUGUCAUGAUUUAGAAAGUUAUCAAAUUGAUGGUCUUGGCAAUUUGUUUCAUUUGAGGUCCCUAGUACUAAAGGAUACAAAUAUUGCAAAACUCCCAAAAGAAAUCGGUAAACUUCGUUGUCUGCAGACAUUGGACUUAAGGAAAACUAGCAUAAGUGAACUUCCAUCAACAGUUGUUCAGCUAAGACAGCUAGUGCGACUGCACGUUGACAAGUCAGUGAUGCUACCAUCUGGGUUUGGGGCCAUGAAAUCUCUGCAGGUCCUAUCAUAUAUUGGUGUCUGCAAAACCCCGAACCUAAUAACAGAGCUAGGUAACUUAAAUGAACUGAGGAUUCUCCACAUUUCACUUAGUGGUACAAGGCAUAUGAAUUGUGAGAAACAUUUAACUGAUUCAUUGAGUAACCUGGAAAAACUCCAUGAACUGUGUAUUUUAGGUGGCUUCUUAUCCAAAUUGUCAAUGUGGAUAAAUUCCUCUCUCUUAUGCCUCAACACCUUAGACAUGAAGCUCAAAACACUAACACAAGAAGAUUUCGAAAAUCUUGGGUCCUUGUGGUGUUUGCUUGAUCUCCGUCUUAUGGUGCUCAAAAUUGAACCAGAAAAGUUGGUUAUUGGAAUUGAUCAUGAAGAAUUCCAGUCUCUAGUUAAGUUCUCGUUUGUCAGUAAUGCAAUGAGGCUGCUAUUUGCACAGAAAGCUAUGCCAAGGCUUGAAAACCUUGAGCUUGGCUUUAGAGUUCAAGAGACUAAGGAUUUUGAUCUCGGCUUGGAGAACCUCUCUUCUCUGAGGUGUGCUAUGAUAAGAAUUGAUUGUGGGACUUCCAAUGCAUGUGAAGUAGAGCGGGCUGAUGCUACUAUUAGGAAGGCCGCAUUUGUGAAUCCGAAUCACCCUAGACUUGAUAUAUUCAGGCAUUUUGAGGCUGUUUUGAUACGGGAUGAUAGGAAGCUACAAAUCCCAGAUGAAACAAGGAAAACAGAAGAAGAGGCUAUGGUUUCAAAAAUGGGCCCAUGGGGUGGAAAUGGUGGUGAUACUUGCGACAUCAAGGUGAUACCACAUCAUUUGGAAAGUGUGAUAAUUUGUAGUGGUACAAUUAUCGACGCGCUUGCAUUUUCUUACUGGGAUAGAAACGGGCACCGGCACACAACACAAUUUUGGGGUGGCAUUCUUGGGAAUGUCCAAACGAUCGUCCUUGGCACUUCAGAAUAUCUCAUGGAAGUUUCUGGGACAACCGGCCCAUUCAGUGAUGUAUCAGAGGUUAUAACAUCACUUAAGCUUGUGUCCAAUGUACGUUGCUAUGGGCCAUUUGGGGAACCACGAGGUACUCGAUUCUGCUCUCGAGCAAAGAAAAAUAGUAGCAUUGUUGGAUUCUUCGGGCGCUCAGGGAACUACCUUGAUGCAAUUGGUGUCUACUUUCAUCCCAUCUGA